UAGCUUGACUUAAGCCUUCAGGGUCUUAUGCAGCCAAGUACAACAAUCGAUUGGAGACCCGGCCUCGUCGUCCCUUUCUAUUUUCCCCCUUUUCUCGCUCAAAUAUUCCAUGCACAUAUUGCAAUAUUGAAUGCUCGGCCUGCGGCGGUACAAGGAAGGAAUGAGUGGAAGGACACGCCCCCACUGUUCCUCGGAUAUCUAGGAUAUAGAUGAUAAUGAUGGUGGUG